GGACAGAGCCUCGCCAUGGGGAUGGUCGAUGCUAGGCUGAAGGGCGGCAGCCCCGCCAAGAGGGCGAGUGGAGCUGGCCUGAGGGCGGCCGAUCGAUGCCGAGCUGAGGAGCAGCACCCCCGCCAUGAGGGCCGACAGGAGCUGCGCAGGGACAUGGCGGCGCCGCCCGCCCUCCUGACGGCGGCUCGCUCCCGCCCCGCGCUGACGUCACCCCCAGCUCUGCCGGCGCCAUUUUGGACGCUCACCGCCGGGGGGGCCGGAGCGGGGCCGCCCCAGCCCCGCCGCGGCCGCGCCGCCGCCUCCUCCAUCCGCCGCCAUCGCCGCCCGCCGCCGCCGCCCGCCCCGCGCCGCCCGCCCCGCCCGCGCCGCCCGCUCCGCCCGACCCGCCGCGGCCGCUAUCGCCAGCACAACAUGGCAGGAGCUGGAGGAGGAAAUGACAUUCAGUGGUGUUUUUCUCAGGUGAAAGGCGCUGUAGAUGAUGAUGUAGCAGAAGCGGAUAUAAUUUCUACAGUAGAAUUCAACCAUUCUGGAGAGUUGUUAGCAACAGGAGACAAGGGAGGGAGAGUUGUCAUCUUUCAACAGGAGCAGGAGAACAAAACCCAGUCUCACAGUAGGGGAGAAUACAAUGUUUACAGUACCUUUCAAAGCCAUGAACCAGAGUUUGACUACUUGAAAAGUUUAGAAAUUGAAGAGAAGAUCAACAAAAUUAGGUGGUUACCCCAGAAAAAUGCUGCUCAGUUUUUAUUGUCUACAAAUGAUAAAACAAUAAAGUUAUGGAAAAUCAGUGAAAGGGACAAAAGACCUGAGGGUUAUAAUUUAAAGGAGGAGGAUGGACGGUAUAGGGAUCCUACUACAGUUACAACACUACGGGUGCCAGUGUUCAGGCCUAUGGACCUCAUGGUGGAAGCCAGCCCACGAAGGAUAUUUGCCAAUGCCCACACAUAUCACAUCAAUUCCAUCUCCAUCAAUAGUGACUAUGAAACGUACCUGUCUGCAGACGACCUGCGGAUCAACCUGUGGCACCUAGAAAUCACAGACAGAAGUUUUAAUAUUGUAGAUAUCAAGCCUGCCAACAUGGAGGAGCUGACGGAGGUGAUCACAGCUGCAGAGUUCCACCCCAACAGCUGCAGCACGUUUGUCUACAGCAGCAGCAAAGGCACAAUUCGCCUGUGUGACAUGAGGGCAUCAGCCCUCUGUGACAGACAUUCAAAGUUGUUUGAAGAACCAGAAGAUCCUAGCAACAGAUCAUUUUUCUCUGAAAUCAUCUCUUCCAUAUCUGAUGUCAAAUUUAGCCACAGUGGUCGAUAUAUGAUGACUAGAGAUUAUCUGUCAGUGAAGAUCUGGGAUUUAAAUAUGGAAAAUAGACCUGUGGAAACAUACCAGGUGCAUGAAUACCUCAGAAGUAAACUCUGCUCACUGUAUGAGAAUGAUUGCAUUUUUGACAAGUUUGAAUGCUGUUGGAAUGGAUCAGACAGCAUUGUCAUGACAGGGUCUUACAACAACUUCUUCAGGAUGUUUGACAGAAACACAAAGCGAGACAUCACCUUGGAGGCGUCCCGGGAGAACAACAAACCCCGCACGGUGCUGAAGCCGCGGAAGGUGUGCGCCAGCGGCAAGAGAAAGAAGGACGAGAUCAGUGUCGACAGCUUAGACUUCAACAAGAAGAUCCUGCACACAGCCUGGCACCCCAAGGAGAACAUCAUUGCUGUAGCUACCACAAACAACUUGUAUAUAUUUCAAGACAAGAUGAAUUAGGGUUGGCAUUCCUAACUGAAGAGUCACUUCCUGCAUAGUUGAAAUAGUUGAAUCUAGCAUUUGUACCUGUAACAAAAGCAAGUGAGAGGUCCAUUAUGGCACCCCUUUCCAGUGUUUAAAAAUGUGCCAUAUGACAACACACUUUUAUAGCUCCAUGGAGAAGGCUCUGUGGCUCUGUUGUCUCCGUACCUGCUAGCCAUUUAGGUGAGGAUAGGGCACUUUUUAAUUUAAAUGACUACUUGCACCAUCUUGCCUAAUGGACUAGACUGGACUGUCUCAACAUCGGUUUACUCCACUUUUUAUGCCUUCCAUUGUGAUGACGUCAGACACAGGGAAAGCCUUCAAUCAUGCUAUGGGAUUUAAUUGUGUAACCUCAUUACUGUAUCAUUCGUGGCCCCCUUUUUUUAUUAAAUACAGCUCAUUCUUGCUGUGGCUUGUAGCAUUCCUCCUCCUUCUGGCCUCCUGGACUCCCCCUUCCCCCUUCGUCCCCCCUCCACCUCGCCUCGGUGGUGGUGUAUGGAGAAAAAAAUAAACAAAAUAAAGCACAUAAAAUGGGUCCGUUUGGGGUCAGUGGUAAAGGGGGUCUGUGUUGCAACAAAUGUUUUAAUAAACAGUUGACUGUAAUCACUCCUUGCCAUGUCUGGCACCAAAAAAAAAGAGAAAAUAAGGAAAAAAACAAACUACUGAAUAAAAGUGACAAAGAAUGGAGAAUCUGUUUUCUUUUUUUUUUAAUCUACCUCUUUAUACAAAUACUCUGUUUUACCUUAGAUGCAUGAAAAUAAAAUUAUGUUUUUUGUAAUGAUUUUAA